AUGAUGAGUAGUGAAACAUCGAUAUCAUUUAUGAAGGAGAACUCUUCAAAUAUGAGCGAUUCAGAGAAGAACAAAGUUCUUGAAGAUAUCAUUGGAGAAUCGCAAAGUUUGGUGAAAGGUUCUAGUAAAAAAUCUACUACAUCGUCAUCGCUAAUGGAUCCACGAAUGCUUAAGCUUGAACUUCAUCUAACAGAGAGAGAGAUAGAACUCAUAAGAGAUUCAUGGUUCAUAAUGUUAAAUGAUGACUUGUCACCUCAAACCAUGGCUGCAUUUUAUGGCAAGCUAAGGCAGAACAAGAAGAUAUCUUUGACUGCCAACCUGAUUACGAAUGAAAAAUUCAAUGUUAUGAACCAACAAUAUGAAGAAAAUAGGAAAAGACUUAUAAAGGAUAAAAGUAUUCCAUACCAAAUAUCCAAUACAAGUACUAUCGAAGGUUCUUUGUUUUGCGCACAAUUUUAUGAAAACUUGAUAGCAAUGGACCAAAAUGUUGAAAGAAUGUUUCCCUCCAUUAGACAUCAAGCAGUUUCAUUUUCCGGUGUUCUAAACACUGCUGUAGAUAAUUUAGAAAAUAUACAUGUCCUUGAUAGUUACCUUCGUGGAAUCGGCAAAAGACAUUCCAGAAUAUUAGGCAUAAAACCUGCUUAUUUUGAGACCAUGGGUAAAGCAUUCAUAAGGACAUUUCAAGACAGAUUUGGUAUAUUUUUCACAAUAGAGUUAGAAGAUAUAUGGUCUCGCCUGUAUUCAUACCUGGCGAAUGGUAUGAUAGCAUUCGGUGUCGACCCAGUUUUGCCUCAGAGUAUUAAAUCCACCAGAGCUAAUAGCUUGGACACAUUACGAACAACGUCUUCAGGCGAUGCUAGUUUGCGCAAUUCUUCCUUCUCCAAAGCUCAGGAAUCAGAUACGUCUGAUUUCAAGACAUACAUGGCACAAUUCAAUUGCGAUAUUGUCGAAGAAGAUGAUCUCGAUUUUCCUAUUCCAGAGAUAUUGACCACCGAAACAAGUAUAAAUGAAAAUGAUAAUGAUGUAGAUGAUGUUAAAGACAUGAUAAAAAACUUUGGUUUUAACAUGAAUAAAGCAGAAAUGACACACAAAGAUUCUAUUCAAGUGAAAAAAACUCCACUAGAUUCCGUCAAUCCAAAGAGUUCUGCAUCAUCAUCUAAAGAUAAUAUGUCAACAGCUUCUUCCAUCUCGGAGAAAACAAGGAAGAAGGCUGUGCUGCAAAACAAAAUGAAGAAAAAGAUAUCAGCACCUAUUGAAACACCAUACAAGAUGUCCAAAAGAGAUUGUAUUAUUAUGUGA